AUGCCCGCACGCUCCCUCUUCGCCAUGGCGCGCACCAAACUCAUGAAGAACAUAUACCGAUUCGACGACCUCUCCGACCUCCCCUACGACUGGCUCCGCCCCGCGCUCCUCAAGAUCGAGUAUCCGGACCACCUGCGCACCAUCGAAAAGAAUUCCCCCCACAUCGCACUCGAGUCCGGCGAAAUCUGGCGCGAGUUCAUCCGGCGCGACAUCCCCGGCUACUCCACCGAAGCCGACUCCAUCGAGCCCGCGAACCCAGCCUCGUGGUGGAAGCUAUACGCGAAGCUGAAGCGCGAGGCCGAGCGCAACCUCAUCCGCAGUAAGGAGGAGCUUGCCGCGAAGGCGAGGGGCGUGCAGGCCGAGCGGGAGGCGCAGCUCGUCAAGGUCAAUCAGGGCAUCAAUGAUCCGCAGAGGAGAAAACGGGGGCCGGCGAGCGCGGCUGGGAGGAUGUUGGCGAGGGUGGGCCAGCGAAGGGGGCAGAUGGGGCUGUUGGAGAUGAGAAGGCCGGUUCAGCGUUUGGCGCCGCCCGGAAGGGUGUUCAGAGCGCCGAGGGGCUUGAUCGAGGAGUACAAGAGGCCUGUCAUGCCAAGGGAUGCGCUAGAGCCGGUAGCCAGUGCGAGAUCUAGUACUGUGCCUGCACCGAAGGUCACCACAGUCACAGGUGCGGCGACACGGAAGGAUGACCUUGCGGCGCGGGAGGCACGACUGAAGGCGAUACGGGAAGGGAGACCGGUCCCAGCGCUGCCCAAGCCAGCCGAACCGGCAAGCACGGCCACUAAGACAACAACACCACAAACGGCCCUAGCGAAAGCAUUAUUGAACGAGCAGCGGACUAAACGGCCAGUCAGUGCCGUGUCUUCGGCUCCUAAAGUGCCUACCAAGUCAAUGCCAGUACCGACUAGGUCAACGCCUGUCUCUACGAAGUCGACCCCAUUACCUGUCAAGUCGACCCCAGCACCUGUCGCCGGCAUGAGGAAACAAGAACCCAAUGUUGCUGUGCCUAGACCACCUACCAAAACGACUCCAGUACCUGCUACCGGCGUAAAGAGGAAACCAGAAGUAAACCUUUUCAUGCCCAGCAAGAGACGGGCAUAG